AUGUCGACGGCCGCGGCGGCAGAGAAGAAGGUCAUCACCCUGAAGAGCAGCGACGGCGAGUCGUUCGAAGUGGAGGAGGCGGUGGCGAUGCAGUCCCAGACGAUCAAGCACAUGAUCGAGGACGACUGCGCCGACAACGGAAUCCCUCUCCCCAACGUCACCGGCAAGAUCCUGGCCAUGGUGAUCGAGUACUGCAAGAAGCACCAAGGGUCUCCUGACGGCGCCACCGCCAAUGCCGCCGGCGCGGACGACGGCCUGAAGACUUGGGACGCGGAUUUCGUGAAGGUCGAUCAGGAGACGCUCUUCGACCUAAUUCUGGCUGCCAAUUACCUGAACAUCAAGGAUCUGCUGGAUCUUACCUGCCAGACCGUGGCGGACAUGAUCAAGGACAAGACCCCGGAGGAGAUCAGGAAGCUUUUCAACAUCGUCAACGACUUUACCCCGGAGGAAGAAGAAGAGGUUCGCAGGGAGAACCAGUGGGCUUUUGAGUGA